AUGGAUGUCAUCGGUCUUGAAUCAUGUCCCGAGCCGCUCGAGGGUCUGCUCUCUGAGAGCGGCGCAUUUGAUCAUCUAGGCGAUUGCCCUUUACGUCCUUUGAAUCACAACAUAUCCUCGAACUUGCCGUCCAACACCGCGGCUAGUCCUCUCAACUUGUCCCGAUCCGCGAGCUCCGUCGGUGGUCCAGCCUCUGCGCAGUUCGGCUUUUAUAACGACCAACAUCACGGAUCGGUACCAGAGGCCUCUAUAUCUUCCAGCAAAUUACAUAGCGAGCGACGGCUUGACUCACGGCUGAAUCCGCUCCCUCUCUCUCCAGGUGCAACCCACGAAGGGCGUGAUACAGCGGACACGUUCAGCUCAAUAGGUCGCGACUCGAGUACGUCUGAGUUUGAGACCGAUGAAAAGAUUCCGUUGGCAUCAACUGGCAACUCCACCGUCGACCGGAAGCCUGGUAAACGUACCCGAAAGAGAUUCGCGACGGAUGUGCGCAACCCUCGGAGAUUGUCGAAGCGGCUUCCCGGGGCCUUCUCACCAACUCCCACCGAGUAUCUUAUCGAUACCCUGCAAAAUGUCAUGCACACAUCCAAAGGCAUCGAGCGGCAUUGGACGUACGCCGCUCGAAAUCCCAGCGACCAUCUUAUGGUCCCUUUGACAAGGGAACAGAGAAUUAGAUUCAAAAUUCACCAUCGAAUGACUCUACAACAAAUCCUCGCCGAUUACAUAUACCGUGUGGAUCGACUCCUCGACCAAAUGGGGAGAGAGGGCUCUUCAAUACAAACGGAAUCGGACCUGGGUCUUGCUUUGCGCAAGGUCUUUUUGACCAGGGAACACCGCAAAUAUCUAAAGGCGCGCCACUACAGCGUUGCAGAUGUCGUGGCGUGGGCGUGGAUCUUGAGGAGCGAGAGCCCGUACCAGGCGAUUCUGCGGCUUUUGAUAUUCAAUGAGCAACAGACAAAAAAGAAAAGGAAACAUACCACGCAUCCAACGGUCCCGUCAUUCAUCCCCCUUCUUCUUCUACGACAGAAUCUCGACACGAAGUCAUUCAGAUUGCUCCUAGUAUAUUCCCUGCACCUUAUGACAGGCCAACACCUUCCAAACACUUCCCAGUCGAUCAAUGCAACAUCGGAGACUGUUUUCGACCAGGCACGUUCGUCUGGGAAGACCCAGCCUUUGCUUGAUCCUAACACGUGUGCCACGUUCGCUAUCCGCUUGCUCCACCAUGCGCGCCAGCUGUGGCCUGAAGCCCAGCUGCCUAUUGCCCGCGCAUAUUCAUUUUAUUUGUCCACCUUGGAAUCGAAAGAGAGUGGUGGUAUGACACGGAGGAGCAUUCAGGUCAUGGCGAGAACUUCGAAUCAACUUCUUCGGUUACUCUCUUUGCCCUGUAAGAUUGGUCCUUUCGCGUCAGCUCCUAUCCAGCAGGAGGCACAAUUUGAGCUCCUCAAAGCAAUGGCAAGGAAUCGCCCUGUUCUGCCUGUCACGCGGCAAGGCUACCAGGCAAUAAUCGCAGUUCAGCUGGCCCAUAGAAAGACGUUUGAUGAACGGCAAUCUGCGGAACUGAAGGCGCCAUCCUGGCCACCAUGGAAGGAAAAUAAACUGGGCAUCGACUCUCAACGAGGGAUCGAAGGGAUGAAGAGCCGCGCUAUGCGAGUCAUGUCGCAAAUGAAAGAAGCCGGAUACGCACAUAGCCGUUGGGAAGAGGUCUCUAGCAUCCUCGCUGGCUGGGACACCGACAAGAGUCCUACGAUUCAAACUCGGACGUUGUCUCGCCAUCCGGGGCUUCUCCGUGACCCUACGGGGGAUCACUCCCACCACGCAAUAUGGGAAGCCCGAAUCCGUGCCACAAGGACUGUGCGAGAAGCAUGGGCCUGCUUCCUUGCCUAUCAAGACCAGGGCCUGCCUCCCCGGCGGUCCAUUUAUGCAGCAAUGGCAGAGAAGCUGGUGUAUCGAAGCAAGGCCGUCAAAAGCAACUUCGACAACGGAAGCCGCGCGUUACCGGGCGAUGGUCCGGAAGUGUUCCCAGAGCCUUCCUCUGCACGAGAUUUGAUAUAUGUCUCGACCGAGCCGCCUACAUUGAAUGAGCUGCUCGAGAAAAUGCUCUCUGAGGGCAUCAGGCCUAGUGGUAGAUUUCUUGCACUCCUUCUGCGAUCGGCCCCCACUCUCAGCGCUGGGCUGCAUUAUCUUACCAGUAGCGAUCUGUCCGACGGACAAGUGAAGGCAUUGUGUGCUGAUUGGGCGGAGCGCUCUGCAUAUGAAAUCCCAACCCGCAAAGCUCUUGACGAGAUACCUGACUACCUGUUCUCGUCUUUCAUAUACUUGCUGUGUAAAUUCUCGGACUUGAAUGAGUGGGUUGUGCGAUACGGAGGUCGCACGGCCGACGCCUUUCCCAUCGCCAUGAAUGGCCACUCAAAGGAUUGGGUGCCAGGUACCACGCCCAGUCAUUCAGAAUCCUUAGGCCUGGGCCUAGAUGGCCACUAUCCAAACACUUUGGCCCAUGCAGCUCGGCUUCUCAAGGCGAGAAGCUCUCGGUCCCCCCAACCCUGGGUCCAUAUGCUCUUUGCAUUGAAAAGGGUGCGCAUUACUGCUCGGCCUCGCGGUUUAUCACCCGGCACGCAACUUAUCCUGGCCUGGCAUGAAGUCAUGGAAGUCACUGGCUGGAUGAAGGAGCGUGGAAUCGAUCUGGGAUUACAGGGAUUCCAGGCUCUCUGCAAAAGCUUUUCGAGGGCCGUCGUUGCCGGAGUGAAGGAUGCAGACGCUGCUGAAGAGGGUCUGGCGCUGGUCAGCCAGGCCAAGCAGCGGGGUGAUCUAUCUCGUACCGAAUUGAGUGGACUGUGCGUAGAGGACAUGGUUAACAGCGGCCUCACCCUCCUCAAACAGCAAUUCGACCAACUUGUCUUCCCUGACUCCAAAACCGCCUCCAUGGUUGAACAUACUCUGACUUCUCUCCAACAAAAGACCGACGGCCAAGUCACACUGCCGGCUCUAUGCCGUGUGCCUUCGCCUGCCGUCUUGCAUGCAUUUGUCCGAUCACUUGGAUUGGCCGAGGACUAUGAUGGAUUGUUGAGCCUGCUCCGUUGGAUGAGCCAGUAUGCAGGGCCAUUGAAAGAGGCGUCAGAUGAACGGAUGAACGGGGAUCGAAUCAUGCGGCGGACGGUGGUCGGUAUCCGCGCGUUCCUCGAGGGGUGCUGGGGCAAGCACUCUCUACAGUCUACGCCAGGUGUGAUUGAGGCUUCGGAUGGGAUGACUUUCACUGACCCUAAUCUGCAAGAAGCAUACGACAUCAUCACUGCGACUGGUGUCUGGGGUCCAUGGCCCAGUGACGAGGAAGUGCAAGAGUACCUUGCGGUGCACUGGGGAUGA